UUUUCAAUUUGAGACAAGCAAAUGAUGACUAUCAUGAUGGCGGAGGAAAGUCUUGAAGAGAAACAGAGCUGGUCAGUGUGUUUUAGCUCUGAUGUGCUAUCUAUUUAAUGUUGCUUUUAUAUCUUCUGGAUGUAUAUAAGAUACACAGAGGGUGUCUGAACAAUGCUGCUCGAGUAGCCGAUGCUUCUGCACAUGCACGCAAAGUCAUGCGCUAAGUGUAAACCCGGCUUCCCUGCUUCACGCUGAGCCAUAUCACACCACCCCAGCAUGGAUCAUUUUCCUACAACAACACAGCAUUUCCCACUAGACUGGUAUGUCAGUGCAAGGAAUAUUCCUUUGUAUUAACUGCAUAAUAAAUUUCCUAGAAAUAAAUGAGGACAAAAAUUGAAUUGCCACUUCUAAAAGGAAAACUUGGAAACCUGGAAAUAUUUAUCAAAUCUGAAAUGCACCUGGGUGUUCGUCUCUGAACAUGGCUUUAAUUCUCAUAUAGACAGUGUUACUAAAACAGAAAUAUUUCUACUUAGAUGCAUUGCCAAUGCAAGAGCUUCUUUUCUGUAGAAGACUCAUACUAUUUUAAAUGGGCCGAAUGGUGCAACAGAAAAGUAUUCAGGAGAUCACUAGUUCGAAUCCCUACUAUACCAGAAGACGAGGGUGCAAAACUGGUCGUGCUCUCGGGGUGGGAGGGAUAGCAUACUCUCUCUCCCCUGUCCGUCACAGCUAUACUACCCAAUCAUGGGUGUUUGUGAGUUCAUGUAUGGGGAAAAGGGCAGAUAGGGCUUUCAUCUUUGUGCGUUAUGCUGCCCUGUGAUGCAGCAUGAGCAGCAGCUUGAAAAAUAAAUUGAAUGGCUUGCAUCACAUAUCUCAGAGGAAGCACAUGUUCCCUGCCCCACCAGGUAGCUGUUCUGUGAUAGGAGAAAGCUAGGUAGUGGGUGGGAAUUGGCAGGUGACAAAAAUGGGGAGAAAAUAGGGGGGAAAAAACUAAGUAAGUAAAUAAAUAAAACUGAGUUGAGACCACAUCCCUGGUCUUAGCGGUGGGCUGGCAUCUGAGCGAGAACAGAGUGACGGGUGGCUAAUUAACGAGGAGCUGAUAGCAGACAAGGAAGCAGGGAGUAAUUCUGCUUUCAGCUCCAGUUUGCCUGAGCAGUGUUCUUCAGGUCAUUACAAUGUAACGUGACAGACAGCCCAUCUGUCUGAGAGAAAUUUCAGCACCACUUUUACAGCGUGAGGAAAAUUAGGAUAAAAUUUGAUAUAUAGUUGUAAGCUCUCUGAAACGGAGCAACAUGGCAUCAGUUUCAUUUCAGCAGUUGUCUUAUGUUGUCAUGAUUUUGGCCUUUUUCUAGUACUUAAUCAAUUAGAAGCAUGUGUGGAAGGUUUUUAAAAUGCAAUCCUAAUGUCAAACGUAAGCAGAGUGACCUCAUGCUGUUGCUAAUAUGCGUGUCACUAGUAUCGUAUGCACUGAGAGGAUCUGACUGGCAUUUUGAAUGUUGCAGAUUAUCAUGAGUAAGAUGAUGAAAGAAUUGGCACAUAAAAAUGGUGCAUUUGUGCAGGCAGAUGUCCUAGACUGAAUGCUGUUAGCAGGUGGUCGCCUGUACAGCCUCAGGAUGUUGACUUUAAACUGCCAUUUUUGUUUAAAAAGCAACUGUGCACCAAAGGCCCAUUUUUUUUUUUAUCUAAUAGAUCUGUCAUGCACUGAAUCUCUACGUCAGUUCGGAGGAAGAAAAAUGAUAGCCCUCUGUCUACUACACACACACACAAAGCUCCUGUUUCUCUCUUUCCAUGACUUCAUCUGGCAGCCCGCUUACGUCUUUGUGUACAUAAGGCAGCCAGACGUUGAAGUGUAGUUCCACGGUGUAUUGUUGGUUUGAGCUGUGAUCCUGUGUGGUGGAUCCUACAGUGCUCUGAAAAUGAGAGUAUUCUUGUUUCACUGUGCUCUAGGUUAUAUAAAUGGCACCUCAUAUUUAUGGUUUCCUCCAAUAACUGUUGUUUACUUGCAGGGCUGAUACAGUGACAGAUUUUUUUGGACAUGCCUAGUAGUCUGCAGACAGGUGCACCAGCUGAACGUAAGUCAGGUUGAAAAGUCGGUCCUUAAACCAUACGUUGAGAGAAGAUUAUCUCAAUUUGAUGACAUUUUGCAUUACCCAAGGAAAGAGUGGGUCAUGCAGGAUUUUACAUAAUUGUACUCUUAAAAACUCUACCAGUUAUAUGUACUGUUACACAAAGAUAGCAAAAUAGGUUUGUAAAUAUAAAUUACUCUGCACAUGGCAGCAAUGUUCACUUUGAACAGAAUUACUGGGUUAUUUUUAUUUUUAUUUAACAUUGCUUCCACUAGGGGGUGGGUAUAAAUUUUUUAAUGUUAUAACUUAAGGCUAUGCUCAAACAACGUCACUUGGUGCAAACAUUUAUUUUUUAAUAGUUUGUAAAACUCAAACAUAGUGGCCAUCGACUUUCAACUAGAGAUUACAUUCAGCUGGUUCAACUGGCUACUGGUUCUUAUUUCCUAUGGUUGGUAUGAUAUUCACAUACAACAUACAUGAGCACAGACACACAGAGGAACAGGUGCACACACUCUGUACACACCCCCUGAGGCUCAUAUUGAGUGAUGGGAGCCGCUAGGCUGGCAUGAGAUUUUGCUCCCCCGCUGUAGACUAGCUCACACCUCAGGCAUGACAGCUGGGGCCUCCGCUGCCAUUACAUCAUCCUCCAAUCCUCCCGCCAAUCACAUAUGGGAUAUGCUCACAACUGGCAGUAUCAAUGCUGAACAGACCCCCCCACACACACCUCUCUAAAGCAGGCCAUAACAAUGCACCAUAACAUCCUAUUGCAAUUACAGUCUAUGAGCCACACAUACACACCAGCAGGAGGCCUGUGUUUGCAGCCAACAAUCAGUUAAUGCUUUUGAAAUGCUGCUGUGGUUUAGUGUGGCUCCCAAACCUCAACUCAGCUUCCUGUAUGGUGUAUAGAUGCAGUAUGUACAGACUAAAGUGAAAAGCAUCAGAGGACAUGAUGUUCAGCUGAUAACUAUCCAGGAUGUGCAUCAAGCGUAACAUUAAAAUGUUCCAUGAGAAUAAUCAGAAAAUGCAUAUCCUAUGCAUGUUCAUUUAGUACCUCACAUACCAAAGCGAUGAUAGUCAAUUUUGUGUCUGUGGAUAAUUGAGCAGUGUGCGGGGGGCCGGAUAUGAGCCAAGGAAGCUUGCGGCAUUGUGUCUGCCUCAGCACACUGCCAUAUGCUUCCAUCAUUCUUUUACUAGGCCAACAUGCAGGGCUGAUGUCAGACAACACACAGAUUAGCUGUGUGUUGUAAAUGGUGUUGCCUCCUUCACUCCCUUAAUUGCUCAUAUUAAAAGGGAGGCUUCUUGCAGAAGUGCGCUGACGCACGACUGCUGUUCUUGAAAGCGCAUUGCAUGGAUUGCGGCUGUUUCUGCAAAUUAGCCACAUGGAAAGAAUGACUAGCCUCCCUAUUUAAAGCGUUUGCCAAGUACAAAUGAUAGCAUCUCUCUGGGCAGUUUUUAGUGGCUUGUAAUUCAUUCCGGUUGCAAAUAGGCCUUUAUAAAUUCGUCCAAGCAGGCUAAGACAACGAAGAUCAACCUUAAUCAGCAUACAAACUAGAGCUCCCACGAUGCUAAAUUUAACUGGUGGGAUAGCAGGAACUAGUUCAUAUACUGUAAUAGUUUCUUGGAAAUGAGCAAGGGUGACAGAAACACUCAUUCUAGCCAAAGGAAAUAAAGAAGUGUCAUUUUUUCUGGCGUGGAUGAAGUGGAUGAGAGUAGGCUGCAGCUGAGGAUUACGGACCUCAAGUCAGUACAGCCUUAACAUUGCAUUUUAUGCAAUCCAGACGACUCGUGUGAAUCUGGUGCCAUUAAAACUCUUGACUUCUCUUGUGCUCCAAAAUUUGAACGUGACUAGCACAGCUUGGUGGUCUGCAAAGAGAAAUGAGUUUUUCUUAAAGGGGGCCUCUAAGGUGGCUGCAUAUUUGCUGGGUGAGUAAGGAAUGUGGUUUGCAUGCCUCACGCAUGAGCCAGGAUUCUGCUCACAGAGAGCGAGAGAGAGAAAGAGAGAGAGAGAGAGAGAGAGAGAGAGAAGCCUGUGCUCAUAGCACAUGAGCUCAUUCAGUCUUAGGUCACAGGGAGGAGAGAGAGAGAGAGAGAGAGAGAGAGGGAGGGAGGGGAAAGUCAGUUGAUGAGAGAGAGUGAGCGAUUGAGUGAGCGAGUGCAGGCUGUACAACAAUAGGGAGCUCCACUUUCAGUUGCCACACAGAGGACGAUUGCUGAAGGAUCCGCUGUGUGUGUCAACACUGAGGACCCGCUGUCAGAAGCCCGAUUCUCCUCCAGCUGUUACUCUCUUCUCCUCCACCUACCUGCUAAGUCAGCACACAAAGCUGCUUUCCCACUUUUUUUUUUGCACGGAUUUGCGAGGAGUCUCGUUUUUCUCUCAUGCCUUGUAUGUGCUGAGCUGCUGUACUUUGGUGAGCUUGGCGUGUGGAGGUGUGCAUGUCUCUGGAAGUGGUCAUAUCCUCUCCUGAGGAGUGUUUCUGUUCCCCCACUCCUCACACCGGCAUGAGGCUGAAGAUCAGAGUGCGCAGGAUGAAGGAGGCUCGGGAGCUGCGAGGUGUGUAUAGGUCACACUGGAGCCGUUCGGCAUUUGCACCCGCUUGUCUGAUCUCCUCAUACUUUUGUUGUGGCUUUGCAGCGUUCUCCUCCUGCUUCCCAGGACUGUGUGAAGGGAAGCCGGUGGCCACACUACCCAUGAGUCUGUCUCAACCCUGCCUGCCUGUGGCCAAUGUGGGCCCCACGCGCAUCCUGCCCCAUCUCUAUCUAGGCUCCCAGAAAGAUGUGCUUAACAAGGAUUUGAUGGCCCAGAAUGGGAUCACGUAUGUGCUUAAUGCCAGCAACACAUGUCCAAAACCUGAGUUCAUCUCAGAGAGCCACUUCAUGCGCAUUCCUGUCAAUGACAACUAUUGUGAGAAACUCUUACCCUGGCUGGACAAAACUAAUGAGUUCAUCGACAAAGCCAAGGUUUCCAACUGCAGAGUCAUUGUCCAUUGUUUAGCUGGCAUCUCCAGGUCUGCCACUAUCGCUAUUGCUUACAUCAUGAAGACAAUGGGCUUGUCAUCGGAUGAGGCAUACAGGUUUGUUAAAGAUCGCAGACCUUCAAUAUCACCAAACUUUAACUUCCUUGGCCAGCUGCUUGAGUUUGAGAAGGGUCUCCGUCUGCUGAAGGCACUGUCUUCAGGUCAGGAGAAGAAUGAGCAGCCCAGCAAGGCAGAGGAACCAAAAAGAGAAACCACCUCCAAACCAGAGAAGGUUCGACUAGAUGGCGAGUCAGAGAUCUCAGAGACAGAGGCCAAGCUGCCAUCUCCCACGUCCCUCCAGCAGGGCUUCAAUGGUCUCAAUCUGUCAGCUGAGCGCAUCCUGGAUACCAACCGCCUCAAGCGCUCCUUCUCUUUGGACAUCAAGUCCGUCUACACGCCCAACCAGUGUCCCCACCUCACGCCCAUUCAUGUUGAGGAUGUUCCCAAGCUCUGCAAACUGGACAGCCCCAGUCCAGGGUCCUCAAAUGGCAUGUGCCAGAUGUCUCCGUGUUCAGACAGCCCCAGCUCAGCCGAUUCGCCAAGCCCAGUGGCUGAGAGCAGUGCAAAGGUUCGCUUGCGCAGGAAAAACAAGCACAGCGGAGCCAGCUCACCCGUGCAGUCUCUGAGCCUGAGUUUUGGUCGUUCACUGUCCGGGCACAAGAGCCCAAGCUUGGACGAGAACCUGAAGUCCGCAAUGCUGCUUGGCCUGCCUGUAGCUGGCACUGGCCCCAUGUGGACAAAACACCGGGACACUUCACAGGCUACUACACCAGUCACACCAACAGGUGAUGCCCCCUGGUUCUACGAGUCACUGACUAGUGCAGGGGCUGGGUCAGCAUCAGUACAUUUUGCUCCACUGGGCUGCAGUGCACUUCCGGGGCCGUGUGAGGCUGUCCGGUUACGUCAGAAGGCGGGAGAGGUACGGGAGUCUCGAGCGAGCUGGCAUGAGGAUACAUCUGGCUCUACUGCUGGUACUGACAAACAGUUCAAGCGUCGCAGUUGUCAGAUGGAGUUUGAAGAUGGAAUCUCGGAUACACGUUCGAGGGAGGAGCUUGGCAAGAUUGGUAAGCAGUCCAGCUUCUCAGGCAGUAUGGAGAUAAUUGAAGUGUCCUGACAGAUGCACUGCACCAUGGUAGUGGCGGGCAUAAGGUGGGCAGGUGAAGGAGGACUGAUGGACAGAAUGGCAAUGGCUGACUGAUUCCUGACUUUAGGAGCAUUUGUUUUAGUGUGUAGGACCAUGAAAAAUCAAUUAUGGAUUUUUGUGUUUGUCUCUGAGACUCAGAGCCAGUUGAGCUGGAUGCAGGCAGACUUUACACUGUCUCCGCUGUUUAUAAGCCAUCACAAUCCCAGAACAAUUUGGGAGGAAUAAGGACAGAACUGUUGUAUUUGAUUGCAGAAUCCAACUCUCAGUGUACGACAUUUCCGUCUCCAACAAAAAGCUUUACCAGCCUCACAGUGUAUUGAGAUUAAAGCAUGUCUCAGUGUCCUCUGGUCACACUUGCAUCUGGUAUUACUCUCACACAGACUCGGUGGACUCACACAUCCACAACUCAAGGGGCCUCUACCGACACACUUGAAGCCCUGGUAUAGACUUGUGCUGAACAGAUGAAGGCUUCUUUGUGCACUGCUUUUGUUCCCCCCUGCUCCUGUAUGCGAGUAAAUAAUCCUGGAGGAGGAUGCAGGAACGUUAUGAAAAAAAAGCAUUGUGGAAGUUUUCCUGCAGUGCCUGCUGUUUUUUCUUCUAUGUGUUUAUUCUUUACCUUUUCCCUGAUUUCAGCCCCCACACACUGUACAAAGGGUGGGUACGAAAGGACCUACUACCCACCUUUCUCACACUGAGCAUGCUGCCGUAUAUGAGGCUGCUGGUUUCCCUACAGAUGAAUAUUAUACACACCAUGCAUAGCUCUCUUAAGGGACAUUUUAAUUUUUUUGGUUCUCAAUUAUAUUUUUAAUUUAUUUUAUCUGUUCAUUCUGGUAAUGAGAAAUAAUAUAAUGAUUGUGGAUCCUUUUUUUGGUGUUGACCUCAGUUUUUGACUACAAGGUAUUUAUGAACUCAUUCACAAAACUGAUACACAAUUACAAGCAAUAUAUUCUCUUUUCUUCAUCUUUUGUCUUUAUUUUCAACUGUAAGGGAGAGUGAUUGUUAAAAUGAAUUCAUGUGGUAUUUUGUAAUGCACUUUGUGUUGCUUUAAGGAAGAGAUCAUGAAACAUCUCAUCAUAAGGGUACCACAAAUCUUUUACAAACCCUGAUGCAUUACACCUAUCCUGAACUUUCACAUACUGGGACUGUUUCAGUUUAGUCCAACUUUUUAGCUCUGAAAUACAAUAAGCCUGUAAGCAUGUAUAAUCUAAAAUAAAUUAUAUUCUGGCUUCCCGAAAUGGUUAUAAUUUUAAGGAAUUGAGCUUUUUAUCUAUAAGCACAUACAUGAAGAUGUUGAGAGAUUCUAAAGGAUUAAUGUUUGUCCCUUUUUUAUUAAUAUUUAUAUUAUUUAUUGUGAGCUUGGGCCUGUUUAUGGAUGAAAUGUGAGUGACUAAUGACAGUGGACCUUUUUGAACCCAAACCAUCAAACAGAUGAGUAUUUUUGAAUGAGGUCGAUCUUGUUUUCCUUCACUCUUUUAUCUGCAGGUGAUAUUAAAACUAACUUCUAAAAACUUAGAAGAUAUGUUCCAAAUUAUGGUAUUAGCUCAGUUCAUUAGCUGUGCCUACCAGUCAUAUAGCCUCAGUUAUCUCUACUUUUAGAAAGGUUUGUGAUGGGUUAAAUGGAGGCAACAUUGAUGUGGUGUGGUAGAAUGAUGGCACAUGAUGGUCCAGUUCAGCUCAGGGGAAGUGCACACAAGUCCCAUCUCUGAGCUCUGGGUACCUGCACAACUCUCAUCCUCUCACUCUUUCUCUUAUUUGUUCUCUGUUUUUCUCUCUCUCACUCUCUUUCACACCCACAUGCAAUUUUUCAAUGUAAUUAACUCUCUUAUUUCUUAUAUGUUCCAAAGGUUUAAGGAAAUCCCACUGAAAGGGUCUCUCAUGUCUGUACAUGUGCAUGGUGUUGCCCCUUUGCUGUGGGAUGGUUGGUUAUUUAUUUAUGGAUGUAUUCUCAGUUAGCUACUCUGUAUGGCAAACCCUUGUCCUUGUACUUGUGCUGCUGUUUGUUCUUUUUCUUUCCUUGUGUGAUACAUUACCUGUAUUUCCUUUUAUUUCAUCACCUCUAUAUUUUUAAACAUAUUGUUGUCAUUAUUUAAGACAUGUAAUGAAAAGAUGCAGGCUGUCCUUUUUGCUGAAACUGUUUAAUUGUUGGCAACAUUAUUAUUAUUAUUAUUAUUAUUAUUAUUAUUAUUAUUAUGUUGUGUAAAUAGCAACGUAUCUAGAAGAAUAAUUGAAAUAGGGAACUUUUUCAGAGAAAAUCCUAAUACCUUAGGCUGCUUGACGCAAAAUACCUCAGGUUCUAUUCAAUGGCUUUUUCCUCCCCUGUACCUGUUUUGUGAAGAUGAAACAAAAAUACAAACAUCAUAAAAUAUGA